CCGGAGGCCGCGAUGGAGCCGCUCUCGUCCGUCGCACGGGAAGGAGACCCGAGAGAGGAAAGCAAAUUAAAACGAGGAAUUUUGCAAGACGUGACUUCUUCCCCCAAAUUAGACAGAUACAAAAUAGCAAGACAAUUAACAGAAAAGGCCAUCAAGGAAAAGAAGAUUUUCUCCAUCUACGGGCACUACCCAGUGAUACGGGCCACCCUUCGAAGAAAGGGCUGGGUGGAGAAGAAGUUUCACUUUCUGCCCAGGGUCAUCCCGAAUGUGGACGAUGACGGAGCAGGGGUGACUGAACAUAAACAGGUUGAAGGCAAAGAAAAUGAAGAAGUGGCUUUGGAGAAGACAGAUGACAUCCACGACGUGAUGUCCAGAUUGGUAAAAAACGAAGUGCCCUACUUGCUGUGGACUAUCAAAAGGGACGUCAUUGACUAUCACAGCCUGAACUGUGACCAGAUGCUGAAUCACUACGGGAAGACAGCUUCCUUCACUACCAAGAUCGGGCUGUGCGUGAACAUGCGGAGCCUGCCCUGGUACGUCCAAGCCAACCCCGACUCCUUCUUCCCCCGCUGUUACGGCCUCUGCACGGAGAGCGAGAAGCAGGAGUUCCUGGACGACUUCCGGCGUACAGUGGCCUCCAGCAUCCUCAAGUGGGUGGUCAGCCAGCAGCACUGCAGCGGAAGCCAACCCCAUGGCAGGGGGGAGGCCGGCGGCCCGGGCCCCGGCCACAGGAAAGUUCCUGAGAAUGCCGAGUCCAAGCUCAUGGGCCUCUCGGGACAGCUCGUGGACACCGCGUGCAAGGUGUGCCAGGCCUACCUGGGGCGGCUGGAGCACAAGGACAUCGAUAUUUCCGAGGACGCCAGCAAGGACCUCACAGAGGAUGAGUGGAAGGACCUCACAGAGCAGUACUACUCUCUCAUUCACGGUGACGCGUUCAUCUCCAACUCGAGAAAUCACUUGUCGCAGUGCCAGGCUCUGCUGAAUAAAAUCACGUCCGUGAACCCCCAGACGGAGAUCGACGGGCUUCGGAACAUCUGGAUCAUAAAGCCGGCAGCCAAGUCCCGCGGCCGAGACAUAGUGUGCAUGAACCGAGUGGAGGAGAUCCUGGAGCUGGUGGCUGCAGACCAUCUCCCUGCCAAGGACAACAAGUGGGUGGUGCAGAAGUACAUCGAGACCCCACUGCUCAUCUAUGACACCAAGUUCGACAUCAGGCAGUGGUUCCUAGUCACCGACUGGAACCCCCUGACCAUUUGGUUCUACAAGGAGAGCUACCUGCGGUUUUCAACACAGCGCUUCUCCCUGGAAAAUCUGGACAGCGCCAUCCACCUGUGCAACAACUCCAUCCAGAAGCACCUGAAGAACGACAAGGACCGCAGCCCCUUGCUGCCCUACCACAACAUGUGGACCAGUACCAGGUUCCGGGAGUACCUGCAGAAGAGGGGCCGCGGGACCGUGUGGGCCAGCGUCAUCUAUCCGUCCAUGAAGCGGGCCAUCACCAACACCAUGAGAGUGGCCCAGGACCACGUGGAGCCACGCAAGAACAGCUUCGAGCUGUAUGGGGCCGACUUCAUCCUGGGGCGCGACUUUCAGCCCUGGCUCAUCGAGAUCAACUCCAGCCCCACCAUGCAUGCGUCCACGCCGGUCACGGCCCAGCUGUGCGCCCAGGUGCAGGAGGACACCAUCAAGGUGGUGGUGGACCGCAAGGUGGACCGCAACUGCGACAUCGGCAACUUCGAGCUGCUGUGGAGACAGCCUGCUGUGGAGCUGCCGCCCUUCCACGGCUCCGACCUCUGCGUGGAAGGCGUCAGCAUGAAGAGAACCAAGAAGCACAUGCCUCCCAUUUCCAACAUGACCUUUUCAUCUUCCCUCUUGAACAUUCAGCCACUAAAAGUGAGGUGCCCCUCGGCCAUGCCAAGGCCAGCUCUGGGACCUCCACAAAUGACUCUGCAGCAAGACUUGAAAGUGAAGGAUGGGAAGGUCCUCGCAUGCACGUUGCCUGUGCCCCUAAAGAGGGCGGCCGAGAGGAGCUGUAAGGUCCAGUCCGCCAACGCCAAGUCUGGUGGGAGGAUAGAGCUCCCCACUUGUCAUUUUCAACACAUAGACAGUAAGACCCCAAAAACUGGUCUUACCAAAGCCGAGUCCCACAAGCACUCAGAGGCAAACUCACUAAGUGUGCACCCACUGCUGUCCGUGCUCCCACGCGUGAAGACAGUGGAGGGCGCUCUGUUUCAGCCACCCAAACCACCAGAUCUCAGCUAUUCCAGACAGCAUCACCACGUUUGCCGUCACAUCCUCAGACCUUACUCAUCUUCGAGCUCCCCGGGCCCCCCCACACCCUGCCUCCUGUGCCGGGGCUCACUGCUGCGCAGCCGGGCCUGCAAGCGCUGCCGCUCCUUCUGUGCCACAGUGCUGCAGGGCGCCCGCUUCGUGGCCCUGGGAGGCGGCCGGGGCGGCAACACGUGGACCCCAUGA